UGUCAGUCUGGAUCUGUUCAGGUGGUAUGGCUGAAGCUAAUGCUGCAUGUCCACAGAGAUGUACGAGCAGAGUAACAGAUAUCAUGGCUAUAGAGCCUAGCUCUGCUGCAGUGAGACAACAGGCUUCUUUGUCUUUAACUGGCUCUUCAUUUUUGUGCCCCAAUUUCGAGCAGUGAACAACUGAGCCUAAUUCUAUGAUUUGGUUCAGGUUAAGGAGGACAAAGGAUUCAUCUGGAGCUCCUGCAUUCCAGCUGAUUACGGGACUUUGUGUUCAUUCAUGAACAAAUACCCCUAGUCAAUUUAGUUCUCACAUUACACACACUACGAGCCGGUGACAGGGGAAACGCAGAGCCUCCGUUGCCCCAGUUUGCUCAAAGAUGGGUCUGAUUGCAAAUCGUCUGCUCUGCAUAUCCUGCCUACUUUCUGUGGUUGUCUGCUCCAGUGGCGGCAAGAUCCUGGUGUUUCCCGAAGAUGGCAGCCAUUGGGUGAACAUGCAGGUCAUCCUGAGGGAGCUGCACACCCGCGGCCACAAUCUGACAGUGAUACGAUCUUCCAGGAGCUUUUACAUUCAGGGCAGCUCCCCCCUUUACACCGUCAUCACUGUAAACAUCACUCAAACUGAAGCUGUUGAUGCCGGGAUUUUUGGGACUCUACUGCAGCGGUCAAUAGCACUACGGAAGAUGAUGCCAAUUGUGCGCUUUUUUGAGCAGCAGAAGGAUGUGAAAAAGAUGCUGCAAAUAUUCCACAACGGAGCACUUAGUCUGAUUUCUGCCAUAUUGGAUGACUCAUUUCUAACAAGGCAACUGCAGGAUACUAAGUUUGAGCUUAUGCUAGUUGACCCUGCUUUCCCUGCUGGAGUUCUACUUGCCCACUACCUACAGUUGCCCAUGGUGUAUAAUGUACGCUGGCUCAAUGCAGGAGAAGCCCAUAUGGCCAUCGCUCCAUCACCACCAUCCUUUGUUCCCAUGUACAACUCUCUGUUCAGUGACAGAAUGGAUUUCCUGCAGAGGGCUGAGAACUCCCUUCGCUAUCUGUUUAGCCGUUUACAGGAACAUUUCAUUAUCCUCCCAAUUUACGACAAACUGCUCAAGACCCACUUCCCACCAGGCUCAGAUCUCCUCACUAUGCAGCGAACAGCAGACAUCUGGCUGAUGCGUAUCGACUUCGUCUUUGAUUUCCCACGCCCAAGCAUGCCUAACUUUGUCUACAUCGGUGGCUUUCAGUGUCGCCAAGCCCAAGCCAUUUCUGCUGAGCUGGAGGAUUUCGUGCAGAGCUCUGGGGAGCACGGAGUGGUGGUCAUGUCUUUUGGAGUCAUGGUCACUGCUCUUCCAAAAGAAAUCACAGAAGCCAUCGCCUCUGCCUUUGCACGGUUACCUCAGAAGGUCAUUUGGAGAUACAUGGGCGAGCGACCUUCAUCUCUAGGGAACAACACUUUGCUGCUUGAUUGGCUUCCUCAAAAUGACCUCCUGGGUCACCCAAAGACUCGUGCCUUUGUGUCCCAUGGUGGCACCAAUGGUAUCUAUGAAGCGAUCUAUCAUGGGGUACCUGUGUUGCUUCUACCACUUCUUUUCGACCAGUUUGACAAUGCGAUCAGGUUGGAGGUUCGAGGAGCAGCUCGCGUGCUGGAGGUCAGCACACUAACAUCGAAUGACUUCCUUGAAGGCAUAGAGGAUGUGAUUAAGAACCCAUCUUAUCGAAGCAGCAUUCAGAAACUCUCUCAACUCCACCAUGAUCGCCCAAUUUCUCCUCUAAAGAGCACCGUCUUCUGGAUUGAGUAUGUCUUACGAAAUAAAGGCGCUCAACACUUGCAGUCACCAGCAAACAGUCUACCGUGGUACACCUACCAUUGUCUAGAUGUGUUGUCUUUUCUGUUAGUCUUUAUUUUAGUUGCACUCUGGGUAUUGGUAACUCUCUGUAGGCUGCUUUGUUGUAGGCCAAAAAGGAAACAGAAGGCAGACUGAAUUAAACCCAAGCCCUUCAAAUCACAAGCACUCCACUUUUGCAGAAUUUUAGAAUUCCUCAAACCACAAACUUGAUACACAUUCACAAGAGCAGCUUAGACAUUCUUCAUCAGUAAUGUCUCACAACCUCCACACAAAUUCCAUAAAGAUUCGACACACGUCAUGUUUAAUGAGGCCAGGUACCAUCAGGUUGCAAACUAUAGCUUGGUGAAAUCUAUAAAUACAACCUCAAUUCCAAAAAAAAAAACAAAAAAAAAAAACAUUGGG